CUCCUUGCAGGGAGUGAGACAGAAAUAGAUAGAAGACAUUUUUAGAUAGGCACUUUCAGCAAGUUUGUGUGUUAGUUUGUCAACAGAGCAGUGCUGGGGCGGACAUCCCGACAGAGCUAUGCCGAAGAGAAAGGCUUCACCGCCCCUGGAUCCUGCAGAUCCAUGCGGGAUUGGACAGUUCUGGCUGACGGACGAUGAGGUGAACAUGAUCCGGGAGAAGAUCCACAAGAUCAAGCGAGCAAACACUUCGAGGUGGGAAUGGCUUCUGGAAGAGGCAACGGAAACACAAAGCUCCGCCAGGAGCAAAAAGAAAGAAGGACAAAGCUGCGCCAGGAGCAAAAAGACGAAGAGCAAGGAGGCAGAAGCCAAGCUGGGCAAGGCAAAAGAAGCAAAAGCCUCACGGGAAGCCGCGCAGCAGGCCAAGUUGGCCAAGGCACAAGAGGCGAGACUGGCAAGGCAAGCCAAAGCAGCAGAGAAGGCUGCAAAAGCGGCAGAAAGGACCUCGAAGGCAGCAGCGAAAGCCUCUGCACAGGCGAAAGCCAGAGCAGCUCCCAAGAGCCGCCCGGCCGCGAAGGCGAAACCAAAGGCAAAUCCGAAAGCCUUGCCCAGAUCGACCGCUAGCUGCAACAGAGCCCACGAGCCUCAGGAAAUGCCGCCAGCUCCACAACCACAAGCUCAGGCGAUUGAGGUCGAGACUCAUCUUCGUUCGGAUUUCUUCGAUGUUCCGAUGGCGGCGGAAGAGGCACGCGCGGAACAGGCAAGGGACCGCGAAGAAGCGGAGGCUUCCGCAGGCCGUGAAGCGGCGGCAUCCGCAGGCUCGUCGCCAGGGGGUGAGUGGUUUGUGUUGGCUGUUCUUCUUGUGGGGGGCGCACCUAAGGUUGGUGUGGGAAGGGCCUGACGGCACGCUGCAUGUUUGAUCUAGUUGAAGGUUUUGCACACAAUGUCAGAAGUGCUCACGUUUCCGUCGUUUCACGUUUUGUUUUUGUGUUUUUUUUUAAAAAUAUUUUUUUCGGUUCGGUUCGUUUCGUUUAACAAAUUUAUUUGCUGCGCUUCGUUUCGCUUCGUUUCAAAUAAUUUAUCGUUUCAAUCGUUUCCGAUUCGUUGUUCGUUUAGUUUCGAGCGUUUCCGUUUCCAAACCGAUUCGAUAUUCACGAUUCGAUUCGUUUCAUAGGCUUCCUGAAAUCAGCAAGGCACAAGCGCUCCAAGCAGCUCUACUGAGCCAGCACGGGAGCCUUUGCCACAUCCGCCAGAGGACCAGCUGUACAGAAACGAAGAAGAACUAAAUGAGUUCCUUGAUGAAUGCGAGAAAUGGAUCCGAGACUGGUGAAGUUUCAAGUCUUGGCUCCAAAUAGGGAGGCCCCAUUACUGUUACAAAAAGGUCGGCC